AUGAAAGCUAGGCUUUGCUCUGAGCUCCAACCCUUCCAUGGCCGCGUUCGUGCACAAGACAUCGUUCUCGUCUUGGAAGACUUUGAGCUUCUCGACUCCAGUCCGGUAGAUGUAGUUAGAGAUGGGGACCUCAUCGUUGUCCGACACAUCCCAGUGGUAUCCUCCCACAAGCGUAAGGCAUCUACGGAUGGUCCCGUUCGGAAGCGGUCAAAGCACCCGAGCGACACUACACCACUGCCUCUGGUGCCCCGAGCCGCAUCUCGAAAACUGCAGCUAAAUGUCUCAACGAAACAUGCGGCUAUACAUGCCGAUGCUUCGUUGACCUCAGAUUCGGAGUCGACUUCUUCCUCCAAAUCAGAAUCAGAACCAGAGUCCAAACCCAAAUCUGACUCCAGCUCGUCGGACUCUGAUUCAGACAGUUCAGACAACUCUUCAUCUUCGUCCUCUGCGUCCGCUCACGCUGGCAUGUUGGCCGUCACGAAAGCCAAGGUCGGAACACCUGCUAAAAGGUCAGCGCCAGCCACGAAUAAGUUGAACCAGUCAGCAAUUUUUUCCAGCUACACGCGAACUCCAGUCUCACAUGUCAUAAGGAGAACUGAAACACCUCAUGUACCACCAGGAGAGGGAAAGCCUGGGAUGCACAAUCGCAACAUCCGACGCCACUGCAAGCGGAUGUACGAACGUCUAGCGGCGACGGCGGAACCUGCUAGCGUCAACAUGAUUCCACUGGGCUCUGAGGUCCACUCUCUCGUCCCGUCGCAAUGCGAGACAACAAACCUACCACGGAUAGAGGAAGAGCAGCCUGUCACUCCGUCUAAUGAAGCUGAUACUGCUCCAGCAUUCAUGAUGGCGAGCCUGCAGAAUAAAAACAAGCGCAAAGGUUUCAAGAAUGCGUUGGCUUUCGGCGUACCUGCCAAAAUAGUUUUCUCUUCUCCAGAAGAGGUGUCCACAGAUACAGCUCGCAUGGACGUUGGGGCUGCGUGGGAUGCACUUCCAUUCUUUCGUGCGCAAGGCAACGAGGUCGCAGAUGUGAUCCGCUCGACUAGCUUUAUGCGUUUGGUCCCACCGUCGGAGAAAGAGGAACGCAGGCAGCUGCCUCCAAACAUGUUUAUCACGAGCAUCGACGUCGAGGAGGGCUUGCCUGCUAAGAAAAGGAAGAAGCAAAGCAAGGUGAAAGCGUGGGAGAAGGAUGCUACCAUGGAGGACAGCUACCUGCCAUACGAUGAGCCUGAUGAGGCACUCAGUGCUGAUACGAUGGGUGCUUCUGCUGGUUGCGACUCUGUAGCGGAAUCUCAGUUGUCGCCUUCGUUUGAUCGAGGCAUUGUCGAGGGGCGAUGGAGUGCACUGACAAAAAUUACUGCUCCAGCGCAACUGCAAGUAGGGUGUAAAGUUGCAUGGAAGGCACUUGGGAUCAACCCCAACACCUUCACACCUGAGAUGCUUCUCAACGUCGGACGUGUUGUAUCAUAG